AUGAGUUACGCGAAAAAAUUCUUGAAUUCAAGUGUGAAAAGGCCGUCUACCGAUCCGGCCAGUGUUUUCGGUUCAACGAAAAUGGAAAUCUCGGAAGCAAGUUUCAUAUUUCAAAUUCCGAAUUUCGGUAAAGACAAGAUUACUGUGUCACCGACAGCACACAUACGAUACUUACCAUGGACCAUUGUAGUACAGCUGAACGAAACGGAGGAAGACGAUAUUUACACAUCGAUAAGUGUAUUCGUACAGUGCGAAUACAUGAUGAACGGUAAUUGGUCGUGCAAUGCAGACAUUUCGAUAAAUUUAUUGUCUUCAAAUUCGAACAAUUACAAAAAGUCAUUUCGACAUUCCUUCAACCGACGAGACUGUGUCACGGGCGUCGACCCAUUCAUUUUGUGGGAUGUGUUAGUAGCUCCACUCAACGGAUACAUCGAGGACAAUAAAAUUGUGCUAGAAGUGACGAUGAAAUGCGACGAACCAAAAUGCGUUCCGUGGAAUUCGAAGAAGCACACAACGUUCGUUGGUUUGGAAAAUAAAGCGGAAAAUUCGUAUCUGAAUUCGUUGAUUCAAAUUUUGUAUUCAAUCGAGCCAUUUCGUGCGUCCAUCAGUGGUUUAUCGACUGAGUAUGCAGUGCAGAAAGUUAUCUCGGAAAUGCGACAGAUUUUCCAUCAAUUAAGCGUUUCCGAAGUGCCAGUUUCGACCGAUCAACUUAUUAAGACCAUCGGAUCGGGGACUUACAAUGCCAUCAGAACGAACGACACGGAAUAUUUUUUCAAUUUUCUCUACAAAUUUCUCGAAAAGCAUCCAUCAACCCAGGAAAUUCGGGAUCUGUUCGAAGGCCAGAUGUCUACCGUAUCGAAAAGUACCAGAAAAAUGGAAAUAACAAAAUUCCGGAAAUUCAACGGCCUAAAACUGAAGCUUUGUGGUGAUGGAGACAUCAACCAGUCGGUGCACGAUUAUUUCGCUUCGAUUGAUUUACAUGCAACGAACACCGUCAUCACCAGACGCGUCAGUUCUGUGAAUCACUGCUGUCGAACUCACAUCACUCAACUCCCGUCGAUGUUAAUUUUGCAUUUGGAUCGCCAGCAGGACUCUAAGCACUUCGUAAUUGAGCAUCGGAAGGAUAUGAAAUUCAGCAAGGACAUUGACUUAAGCGAUGUCGCUCCGAAUAAUGUCGAUUCAUCAACGAAAUAUGGGCUUCAUGCGAUACUAGUUCGAUGCGACACAUUUUCAGCAUUUGUUCGUCAUAACAGCGGAACUGGUUGGCUCAAAUUCGAUAAUGACAUCGUAUCCCACUGUACGGAAAAGGAAGCGAUCGAAGAUAAUUUCAGAUGUGUUCAGAUGCUGGUUUAUUUGAAACGUUGCGAAAUCAGCAAAGGCGACAAAGAUGACAAAUUUUAUGAUGAUGAUAAGGCCAUCGUUAACUGUGUUAUUUGCAUGGAAGUGAGGAAAAAUUCCGUCAUUUUUUCGACGGUUUGUGGUCAUAUUUUUUGCGGAAGUUGCAUAAAAAAGGAGAUCUCGUUGCGCCAGAAAUGUCCAGUUUGUAAAAGUCAGUUGACUGAAAAGGAAAUUCAUCCAAUUUACAUUUAA